AGCUGCUCUGUUCCUGUAGCCCCAUCAUCAUGCGUGAAAUCGUGCAUCUCCAAAUUGGACAAUGUGGCAACCAGAUCGGAUCAAAGUUUUGGGAAGUGAUCAGUGAAGAACAUGGGCUCAAUGCAACAGGCAUCUACGAGGGAGACAGCAACCUCCAACUGGAGAGGGUCAACGUCUACUUCAGUGAGGCACAUGGUGGUAAAUACGUUCCCAGGGCCCUGCUUGUUGACCUGGAGCCUGGUACGAUGGACAGUGUAAGGGGAAGCCGCAUCGGGGCUCUUUUUAGGCCAGACAACUUCAUCCACGGGAACUCAGGAGCUGGGAAUAACUGGGCGAAGGGCCACUACACAGAGGGAGCGGAGCUGGUGGAGCAGGUGAUCGACAGAGUGAGGAACGAGAGUGAAAGCUGUGAUUGCCUGCAGGGCUUCCAGCUGGUUCACUCCCUGGGGGGUGGCACCGGCUCUGGCAUGGGAACCCUGAUCAUCAACAAGAUCCGAGAGGAGUACCCUGACCGCAUCAUGAACACCUUCAGCGUCAUGCCCUCCCCUAAAGUCUCUGACACAGUGGUGGAACCCUACAAUGCCACCCUGUCAGUCCACCAGCUCCUGGAGAACACAGACGAGACCUUCUGCAUAGACAAUGAGGCCCUCUAUGACAUCUGUUUCCGCACGUUAAAACUGACCACGCCGACUUACGGGGACCUCAACCACUUGGUCUGCAUGACCAUGAGCGGGGUCACAACCUCUCUGAGAUUCCCCGGACAGCUCAACGCGGACCUGAGAAAGCUGGCGGUCAACAUGGUGCCUUUCCCUCGCCUCCACUUCUUCAUGCCAGGCUUUGCCCCCCUGACGCCUCGUGGCAGCCAGCAGUAUCGAGCCCUCACGGUGCCUGAGCUCACCCAGCAGAUAUUUGAUGCCCGCAACAUGAUGACGGCGUGCGACCCAAGGAGGGGGCGGUACCUCACGGUCGCUGCCAUCUUCCGUGGUCGAAUGUCCACCAAACAGGUGGAAGAACAGAUGCUUGCAAUGCAGCAGAAAAACAGCAAUUACUUUGUGGACUGGAUCCCACAUAACGUCAAGGUUGCCGUGUGUGACAUCCCACCCCGAGGCCUCAAAAUGUCCUCCACCUUCAUCGGCAACAACACAGCCAUUCAGGAGAUAUUCAAGCGUGUGGGCGAGCAGUUCUCCCUAAUGUUCAAACGGAAGGCUUUUCUCCACUGGUAUACAGGGGAAGGUAUGGAUGAAAUGGAGUUCACUGAGGCAGAGAGCAACCUCAACGAUCUGGUGUCGGAGUACCAGCAGUACCAAGACGCCACCUCUGAUCUAGAUUGGGAAGUGGAGGAGGAAGAAGUGGAGGGAACCGCAUUCCCAGCCACAGCAAUGAUUCAGUCUCAGAUGGAAGUUAAACUGGAAACAGUGACUGAAAUACACAAAGGCGCUGUGGAUGAGAAGAAGACAUAGGGCAUACAGUGUGGUGUGUCAGUUUGACACCUUGUCGGAAAGGAUAUGGAUAAUAUGUGGGAUUGUUAGUCUGAGAAGGAAAAUUUAUUUUUUAGUUUAAUUUAAAUCAAUAUGGUUGAUUUAGACAGCCUUUACUUGAUAAAAGAUGCUGUGACAUAUCUAAACAAUAGUGCUUGUUGUCUUUUAUAUAUUCUUCAAAUGACUUGUAUGCUUUGCUUUUAAGAAGUUUUUUCUUUUAUAUUAAUUACUUACAAGUUGUGGACAUUG